CCACGAGGCCAGCAAUCCUACCGGGCUGUGGAAAGUUUAAAAAUAGUUAAAUAUUCGGUGUUGAGCCGCCGCACGAGUUGCCUCGGGGUUCAGUUCUUGAAUUGAGAGAUUUUACAUCUCGUGCUUGUGACAUCAAGGCUUCCAUACAAAUAGUCCCAAUAAUGGCUUCAAAAGUGACAAUCUCUCAAGCUCUAGGAACAGACGGUAGUGAUUAUAACCACAGACAGAAAAUUGCGACACAUUACCAAGUCAGUGUGACUAAUAAAUCAAGACUGAAGUGCUGUAUAUUUUUCCAUUAUCUAUUAUUUUUUGUUAUGCUCGCGAAGCUGUCUGCAGAUAUAUUAGAUCGUGUGGACAUAUUUAUUUUAGAAAUAGAGGAGUUACAAAUACCACAGCCAUUGUGGUGGGAAUAUAUAUGGUGCACUAGCAUGAUUUUAUCUUUUCUUGCUCUCUCAGCAAUAAAAAAGAAUAGAAUCAAGACAUUACAGAAAUAUAUGAUAAGUAUCGUCUUACUAGGAUAUGGUCCAUUGUCUUAUGCCGUUGUAUAUUAUUUUAAGGAUGUUUGGACAUAUUUAACUGUUGGAAAAUCAGAGGAUAUUCAUUUGUGGCAGGGUUUACCAUAUGGCGUACUUUGGUAUGCUUUUAUCCUUUUAGCCUCGCAGGUUCAUUGUUUCUCUUUAUACUUUUCAUGGAAUCUGCUGGUUGCUUGGAAAACACGAGGCGCCAAAAAAAUAGAUUAAAUUUAACAGACAAUUGAUUCUUGACAAGCUUUUUAUGGGUGAAUUCAGUUCUAACUUCAUUUACUAAGAACUCAGUGAACUUUCGGAUUUGAUCAAUUUAUACUUUUAAAUUUUGAUCAAAUUUGAAAAUACACACCAACUAAAUUAAUAAAUAAGAGCUGAGUGCUCAGUGAGCAAUUAUAGUACUGGAUGUAUGCUAUGUUAAACUAUAGAUGUGUACUUGAAGAUGUUAGCCACAUUUGUUCGUUUAUAAUAAAUUUGUUUUGUGAAAACAAUGAGGAUAUAUAGCACACAGUUGCACAAGAAACUGCAUUCAAAAGAUGUAAAAUAUAUGAAAUAUGUAUAUAAAUGAAAGAAUAUUACUAAUGUAUUUAUGUACAUAAGAAAAUAUAAACAAGUUAAUUAGA